UCAGGUGCACGAAAAAAUCGAACGGUGUAUUCAAAAGUACAUGAGUUUGGAACAAACCAUGACUUAUCUCUAUGUUCAUCACCAGAUUCGUCAAAAUAUCACUAUAGCAAUGCUACUGCUACUGAACCACCAGUAACAAAGUUGCAUAAACCUAAUGAUCAUCAUGAUCAUGAUCAAGAUGAUCAGAUUAAUGAUGAUUGUUUUGAGUUUAAUGAUUUUGAUAUUGGAGAUGAUUCAUUCUCUUCUCUCGAUCCGUUUGCUACAACUGAUGAUUCAAUUUCUUCUCUCAUCAACGAUCCGUCACCGUUUGCCGCAACAACACACUCAGAUCCUUUUACAUCGUUUGCUGCAACACCGCAAUCAGAUCCUCCUACAACAACUGGUCUACUAUAUGAUAUUGAUUGUGAUGAUUCGAUCUUUGAAAAGAUUGCUAAAGAUUUAGAAGAGCAACAAAAGAGAAUGCAACUAAAAGUCCAGAAGAAACAACGACCACAACAACACCGUUAAAUGGAUCAACACCGAAUAAAAUAACAUAUCUGCAAGAAGCUUCGAACAAUCUA